AUGGCGAACGUUGAUGGACCGGAGCAGAUCCACCGGCACCGCUGGCUUGGGAACCGCGGGGGUUGCAGCUCCGCGUCGAUGCGCGGCGCGGCCGUGGACCCAGCGAAUCUCCUGUGGUACCAAGAUGCCGGGCAGCUACUUGACGCGGGCCAGCGUCCGGAACUUUACGAUAAUACGGCGGCGGGCUGCUCACCUCAGGGAACGGCUCGAGCGCUGUUCACCUCAGGGAACGGCUCGGGCGCUGUCUUCGUCGACGGGCAGCAACCUACGUCUGGCUUUGUGACCUGCGCGACACGGCGGGCUGCCCUCAAGACGAUCCGCGAUGAGGGGCACACGGUCGCCGACGACGCCAUGCAGACAAUAGCCAAGGAGUAUGCGUCCGCAAAGGAGAAGUCCUUCCACCUCGCAUGGUCCACACGCAGGUGA